AUGGGUGCCGUUCGGAAAGUCUUCGACUUUCUCGCCCCCCAAGCGAAAAAGGGUGAUGAUGGUCGCGAUGUCUUCGGGUCGCGCCUGACCUUCAUUCUUUGCGCCAUGGGCGGCGCUGUCGGUCUCGGUAACCUCCUCCGCUUCCCAUCCAUCGUGUACAACAACUACGGCGCUCAGUUCUUCAUUCCUUACUUCAUCGCUCUCGUCUUCAUCGCCUUGCCUGUCCUCGUCCUGGAGAUCGCCAUUGGUACCGUCUAUCGCUCAGGAUGCGUCGUCGCUUGGUCCCACAUCCACAAACGCACCCGUGGCGUCGGCUUGGCUGUAGUCUUCAACGGAUACGCAGUUGUCACCUACUACGUGCCCCUCCUUGCCUGGGUCAUGAAGUACUUCAGACUUUCUUUCCAAAACCCUCUACCCUGGAGUGGCAAAGACACUUCGGAAUAUUUCGCCAAUGAGGUCGUGCAUUUCGUCGGCCCAGAAGGCGGGUCGUACAACCCUGACGGUUCCGUUGCCGAGUACAUGACCUGGCCCGGCACCGCUCUCGUCGGCGAAACUGCAGGCUGGGCCAUCUUCACCUGGUUCGUGACCUGGCUCUGCCUGUUCAGGGGCGUCGGUCUGACGGGCCGUGUUAUCUACAUCACCAUGGCUCUUCCUUUGGUUCUAAUCAUUGUGCUGGUCGGUCGCUCCGCCUCGCUCCCGAAUGCCGGCGAUGGCAUCAAGCUGUACUUCGGCACGUGGCGCUCGGAGGCACUCGCCGCCCCCGGCAUCUGGCAAGAUGCCUUUGGCCAGAUCUUCUUCUCCAUUGGUGUUGGCUUCGGUUACUUCACAUCUUGGGCCUCGUACUGCUCGCAGCACUCCAAUGCCGUGCAAGACGCCCUCAUCAUCGCCCUGAGCAACUCUGCCGUCGAAAUCAUCGGCGCCUUCGCAGUCUUCGGCGUCGUCGGCUUCUUGGGCAUGCAUCCUGAGGAGAGCGGAAGGCUAAGCACCUUCGUCGCUGGCUUCUACACCUAUCCCGAGGCGCUCGCCCAGAUGCCCGCCUCGAACUUCUUCUCCGUCCUCUUCUUCUUUACUCUCUUCCUGCUUGGUCUCACCUCGGCCUUCUCCCUCCUCGAGACCAUGACGACCCUUGUUCUCGACACUACGUGGGGGGGGCGCUUUCCCCGUUGGGCGAUCUCUACUGUUGUUGCCAUUACUUCUGCUCUGAUUUCCCUCAUAUACUGUACCGAGUUCGGCCUGCAGGCUCUCGAUGCCGUCGAUACCUACGUCAACAAUGUCGCACUGUUUUUCGUUGUCUGGUGCGAGGCAUUCGCUGCCACAACUCUAUAUCGGUAUAGAGAUCCCAUCAGCCAGGUUGGCUGGAUCGGUUUCUUGGUCUUCAAUAUGGGCUUUAUUACGUCCCAGGCACUGGGAAUUGGCCUUGCCUACGCCACCUCACCAGGGGCUGGCGCUGGCAUUGGCUUCGGCAUUUUCAUCAUCACCGUUGUUGCCAGCGCAUUCCUAUCCAAGACACCUCGGGUCCCAGCUCCUGGCUUCUGGGGCACGAACACCUUCCUGAACCGUAUCUGGUGGUGCGCUCUUUACUCGGGUUACCAACUCACCCGCGACCUGAAUGUUGUCAUCGGAGUCGGGAAGAACUGGAACAUCCCCGUCGUUUGGGCCCCUUGUCUCAAGUAUAUUUCGGGUCCCAUCCUCGCUAUUGUUUUGUCCUUUGCCUACGCCAGCUUCCCCGCCUCCAUGGCCGACCCUAUCUGGGUUUAUGGUUUCAGCAUGAUGCACCUCGUCUACCCCAUCAUCAUUAUUGGGCUUAUCUUCCCUGGCUGGUACAACUUCAUCGUUCGCGUUGAGAAGCGAGAGGAGGGAAACCACCUGAUCGCGCCCAUGGAAAUCUUCGAUCAGUCGGCUAACAUGAUCUGCAGCUUUUUCCUCUUGAUGCUUGCGGUCACGGGAACGGUCGACAUGGGGCUACAUGGCCGGGCGCGUCGAGUCGGGUCGAGGCCAUGCAAGGGGAAGCCUGGUGGUGGUGACCUAUUCUAG